GGGGUCUGCCGGGCCCAGCGCCGUCAGCGAGGGCCGCAGCAGCCGCACUCCGGCACGCGCUCUCCGGCCGGCAACAUGUGCAGUGGUGCUGACGGGGGCCCCUGGCCACUCGCCAAAGACGCGCCCAACGUGGCUGCCGCCGCGCUCGAUCACUACCGCUUGCAGCUAUACAACUACGCUGUUGCCGAGCGGCUGCGCCUGUACCCGCCGGCGGUGGCGCCAUGCUACGCACCCUAUGGCCCGCGACUCGCGCUUUCCAUGUCGCUGCUGCAGCAACGCGCGCUGCAACCAGAAGAGCCAAAGCCACAACACAGUUACAUCGGACUCAUCGCUAUGGCCAUCCUCAGCUCGCCAGAGAGGAAGCUUGUGCUCUCCGAUAUUUACCAACACAUCUUGGACAACUAUCCGUACUUUCGAACACGAGGACCCGGCUGGCGAAAUUCGAUAAGGCACAAUUUGUCACUCAACGAUUGUUUCGUUAAGGCGGGAAGAUCAGCUAACGGUAAAGGACACUACUGGGCGAUUCACCCGGCCAAUAUUGACGACUUUCGAAAAGGUGACUUUAGAAGACGGAAGGCACAACGGAAAGUGAGGAAACACAUGGGCCUAGCCGUCGAUGAUGAUGGAGAGGAUUCGCCUUCUCCUCCGCCGCAGUCACCACCGCCGACGGCGCUGCCGCUUCCUUUUUGGGGCGCUGCGAGGCUGCCCGGCGGCGGCCAAGCGCGCAAGAGGCAGUUCGACGUCGCCUCACUCCUGGCGCCUGAUGAAGCGCCUGAGAAGCGACAGCGGCGGGACAGCAGCGGCGAGGAUGACCCUGAGGAAGAUAUUGAUGUGGUGGCGAGUGACCAGGAAGAGCGCGGCGUAGAAGAGGAGGUGCGCGGGCCACUGGUGCCGACGGCACAGUACCCACUUCUGGGCGGGUGGUGGCCGGCGCUGGAGCCCGCGCUGCUGCAGCAGCUGCGCCGACACGCCGCGCCGCCGCCCAGCCCCACCGACCAGCAGCGCCCGCCGGACACGUAGGCUGAGCGCCCGCAGUACCUGAAUGCGCCUUGUACAAAGUUGUGAAUAUCCAGUAUUAUAACCCCGUCGGAAGAUUGUUUUUUACGUUGCCUAGUGAAAUACUCAUCGAAUGCUGCACCUAUUUAGUUGUAAGACUUUACCGUUUUCCGCUGUUUUGUUUCACCUCUCCGCUGUAUAGGUAAUUCUUUUCUCUUGUUACUUAUGACAGCAGACGCGUAUUCUUCGCGCGCACUGUACUCUGUAUUCCUUCGUUCUAGUUCUAGUCUCUUCUCCGUUCUUUAUAUGAUACAAUAUGUUGUAAAUUAUUGUAAAUGUAAUGUUCGUAUAAACAUGUAUAAGUAGAACAGUGAUCGUUUAUAGUAAGUAAAUAAUAAAGUCUGAAAACGACCAAGCUUUUGUAGAUAAAAUCUUACGCUCUAUUUUGUACAUACGUCGAGCCGAGUUCAACUGACCGUUGUUGAUGCGUGUGCAUACUGUUCACUGUUGUUUAUUUACUAGAAACAUUAAUUAUAACUAUUCUCUAAAGUUCUCCGAAUAAAUAGAUAUUAUAAAUUACAA